AUGUCUAAACGACAUUACGAAGAUGGAGAUCCAGCACCCCGUCCCUCGAAACGUGGGCGCCAACCCAAUAUAAUAUCUUCUCUCUCGGAUGAAUUACUACUCCACAUAUUAUCCUUCUUACCCAUCCCGUCUUUGAUAGUCUGUCAACGGUUGUCAUGCCGGUUCAAGGCGCUUGCAGAAGACUCAGAAAUCUGGAAGCGACAUUAUUACCACCGUUGGAUUCGACCUCGAUUAGCAAACGUGAGGCGUACCGUUAUCUCCCAUCCAGAGGUCAGAUAUUCUCCCAAGGUGUCAACAUGGCUGGAUCAUGGUCACUUGGCAGAUGAAGGAAGGACUAUGAAUUGGAAGGGCCAAUAUCGUCUUAGGCACAAUUGGUCUAAAGGAAUCUGUCGUGUCUCCGAAGUCGAGUUCUCUCACCCAUUUGGUCGAUCGGCGUUGGUCGCUUUUUGUGCUGGCAUUAUUUUCACAGUCGACCGGGACUACUGGCUCCGAGCUCAGUCUACCAAAAUUCCCGCGUACUACCUCGCAGAGAUCUCUUUAGCAAAACCUCGAACGCCUCUAGUUGCCUUGCCCACAGCGCUGACGGCAAUGGUCGGUUCUCGCCCGAAUACAAUCGAGGUUGUUGUUGGAUUCGAAAACGGUCACUUCGGGAUAUAUAACCUGGACAUGGCUACAUCAGCACUGGACUUCCACACCACUUGCGCUGGAUCGACAAGCGGCAGCAUUACUGCAAUAGCCUCGCUUUACCCCUACAUCCUCUUGGCAUCUGACCAUAAAGCUCUGUCACUUUUCAAAAUCACGACCGGUUCCGAUGAGCGUAGCCGCUCGCUGCCCAAGGAACCGGCUUUAUUAUCAUGUCUCAAGGCAGACAGCAUCUUAGAGCCGCUGUCAAUCUCGAUUCGUUCGGUAGGCUCUGAUAUUAUAUCUUCCAUAGUGUACAGCUUUUACCAUGUUGGCUGCGGCUGGUCUUUGGGGAUUCAAGAACUUCAUUUCAGCCUGAGUGAAUUACAGCAGAAGUGCUCGCGGCUCACAACAACCGUGGAUUCUCAGUAUGGAGUUUGUCCGCCACUUGGUCAGAUCUACUCAAGGAUCGACAUGCCGUGCACGUGGGAUGCGACAAAUAUCAAGAGCAUGAGGCCAGCUGAACCCGCGAUACAUCAUCAGGAAACUCCGACUUCCGUCUCUUACUCACACCCUUAUUUGAUAACGUCCCACACGGACAAUACUUUAACCGUGUACCUUGUUGUCUCCACGUCCGCGGGCUUGUAUGUCAAAGGUGCACAGCGACUCUGGGGUCAUACGUCUUCAGUAUCAGCCGUGCAAGUGAGUGAUCGUGGCAGGGCGGUAUCGGUAAGCUCCCGGGGAGAUGAGGUAAGAGUGUGGGAACUCGAAACCCUAGUCUCAGCUUUCGGGAAGCAACGAGCGCGGAGACAUGGAAAUAGUAUUCGAGUUAGUCCUGAAAAUAGGCAGAGUGAUGUCAGUGAACAGAGGUCGAGUUCUCCGACAAAAGCCAAUGCUCUGCUACAAACCACAGGAGUUCCGCACCACCUGCCUGAAAUAAGUGGUUGUAUUGGAUUUGAUGAUCAAUGUGUCCUCCUACUGCGUGGUAAGGGAAUUGACGUGCACAUGCUGGAAUGUUAUGACUUCACGUGA